AUGGGUGGUGCCAGCGAGGGUCCCACUACGCUCCCAGCCGCUACUCUCCACCGAAGCGCCUCGAGGAAAGCCGCAAUUGCGAAAACGCUUACGCAGCUGCACCGUGCUUCAUGCCGAGAUUUAAUACAAAACAAGAAAACACAUUCUCAACAAGGUUCACGAACAUCCAAACCGCGAAAUGAACAAACUCCCGCCGUGCUCAAACACAAGGCCGAUUGUUCCGCGGGUGGGCGGAGUGUCGGAUCGACUGCAAUUGUGGACGAGAUUGGAGGAUGGAUGAAGGGAAAAUAUCAUGCUAUCUCGGAUGCUGGAAAGAGAUAUCCCAGUGCUGUACACUACACACAUUCUAUGAUUUUGAGUCAACUUGGUGUUGACGAAAAUGUGAUUCUGGAAUUGUUAUGCACAUCUGCUUGCGAUGUCCCCUUGAAGGCCCGCCAGCUUCUUCUGGAGAAUAUGCCAGCUGGACAUGACAUGAAUUCCCUAGCAUCUUAUUUACAAAGUAGCAAGCAGGCUUAUUCUAUGCAAGGAUUAAGAUUGCGAGUUGAACAGGACAAACUGUUCGAGAGGGCGCUAAUGAACACCAAAGAUGCACUACUCAUAGUAUGCGAUCCUCGAGACAAGGAACUGGGAAUAGGAAUGGAUGAAAAUCAGUUUCUGGACUGGAUGGCGCGCGAGAAAGCGGACUCACAGAUGGUAGAGUUCUGGAUGAAGAAUGAGGCCGCAAAACCUCCUGCUCUUGGAGGCAAUCAAAUGGGCUUUUUUCUGAUGUGGUUACGGUUUGAAGUUCGUGAAAAGCGGAAAGCUGCGAUGUUAAAUAGACAACCGUUAGAAAUUGAAGGGUUGUCUACUGAUAAUGAUGACAACCCUAUAAAAAUUAAAGUUAAUGAUCAGAUCAUUUCGCUUCAGGGCAUCUUUCGUCCUCUUAGUAAUUAUUACCCUUUGCCUUUUGAAAUGAAAGGUGAACGGUAUCGGUCAGUGGAACAUUAUGCAUAUGAAAAGUUGUUCAUCGCUCUUAAACUGGAUGACAAGUGUAUUGAAAAAAUCCAAACCACUGUUCUACCUGCAGAUGUUGCUAUUAUGGCUAGAAGAUACUUCAAGAAGCAAGAGAUUUCUGAGGCGACUAUUGAAGCUAAAAUGGCCAAAAUGGAUCGUUGGCGACAAUCUGCAAUGAAGCACAAAAUCGCUCAGAAUGAAUAUCUUCAGCAGCUUUUGCUGAGCACCGGAGAUGCCCUUCUUAUAGAUUGUUGUGAAGGUGAUCCAAUGUGGACGUGUGCCUCAUCCGAAAGAGAAAUGCAACGAUUGCUUACAAAACCGUAUGUAGGUCCAGCAGAUCUUAUCAAAUGGAUGAGAAAUAAGGAUGAGAAAACACCGAAGACUCUUUCUCAUCUCGUUGGAAACAAAACCGGUUUGCUCCUUAUGGAAUUACGAGUGAAAUUGGCGUCUCAAACAGAGAGCCGCAUUCCACUUAUAUCUCACUUCAACACUGCCAGUUUAUCUUCGAUUGUCAGUGCAAAUGUGAUCUGUUUCACGGCAGAGUCUGUAUUCCAUCCACUUUACCCAGCUGAAAUUCGUGUGGUAGACGGACAACCUCUUUUUGCAUCGCCUGCUCAUUUUGUUGCAAGUCAGGCUGUUAAAUAUCUCGGUUUUAACACUGAGGAUGCCGAGUAUGUCAUGGAAACAGAGUCUUCUCUUGAGUGCUGGGAACGACUACACGAAACUAUAGAAGCCAAAGGUCGUGGGCUUGAAAGGGAACAAAGCUGGUGGAUGGAGAGGAGACAGAAGGCUAUCAAAGAUGCGCUAGCUCUUCUGUUUGAACAGCAUCCACCGCUUCUACGAGCACUCCUGGACACAGGAGAUUCCAUGCUGGUUUAUUGCGCAAGAUUUUGCUCUAUGGAAACUGAGUUAUCUAUUGGAAUGCGUGAAUCUGAUCUUCGAGCGUGGUUGUAUACCGUUGAUAUUUCAAGCAAGCAGUUGCUUGAAUUAUGCACACGACCAAUGGCUUUUCGUCCUUCUUAUCUUGGCGGAAAUCGUCUCGGUUUGAUUUUGAUGGAAUUACGACGAGAGUUCGUGCUUCGAGGAGCAUUCCCGCACACACUUCCUGAGCUUCCAAUUAGCGUUGAUGUAAUCCUUGGAACGGACUCACCAACUGAGAGUAUGAUGGUCAGCGAACCAUUUGACAUCUUAUGUCCUGAUAAUUACACCGCGUUGUGGAUUAAUCCUCUCUUCAUACUGGCUAAAGAAAAGAAGGACGCAGAUAUGAUGAACAUUGCUUCAUGGGUCAAAAUACCGCCACGUCUAAUCACGGUAGAUGACCCGCGAAUCAACGCUAUGGUAGAAGAAUUGUUGAGAUCUAAUGGAAGGGCAAAUGCUAGCCUGCGUUCACUCCCAUCUGAGGACAUGCGAGCUAUAUUUAUGAAGCUGAGUGGUCUGCUACGCCUGACGCUCAAUGAAGUGGAUACUUACUACAAUGACAUGCAAACACUAUCGGUGGAGGUUAAUCGUAUGCAAGUAAUACGCAGAGGACUUGAAGAUACGCAUGAGCGUGAGAGACGACCAGAAAGAGCGGCUGCAGGCAUGUCUGUUGGACCAAUGUCCUCGUCGAACCAACGUCGUGAGCGCGACUACAAGAUUCCUACACGACGACGUAGUCCAUUUGGAGAUGAUCGGCGGAGAAGAGAAAGAGAGAUUGAACGACGUGGCCGCUCUCCACCGCAUCGUAACAAUGAUGCACGUAGCCCGCCUAGGCGAAAACCUACCACUCCACCCGCCCCACCACAGCCAAAACCGCCUAAACAACCUAAGCCCUUGGACCGGGAGCUUUCCGAUGGAGAAAUUGUCUCCUCGGAUGAGGAUUAA